AAAUAAACCUUACAUUUUAAGUUUAUCAUCUUUCACAUAUACUGUAGUACACAGCGAGUGGGGUGUGCAGUGCACCUCUAAUCAGAUGCACCUACAUUUCCAACAAUUUAGUCAACUGAGUUGUCCCCAUUGUUUUCCCCGCUUUAAAGCUUCCACACCACAGAAGAGAAGGAGGCACUUUCCUCCCUGCUCAUCAUCUUUUCCAUUCGCAGCAUCAUUUAAUAUUUAUCGCUUCUCGUAUUCAUUCAUGUACUUUCUUGCUUUUGAUCCCUGAAAAUAUCAGAAAUUGUACGUGAGACAUGCCCCUUCUUCCUUGAAAAUUGAAAUGCUACCACCAACUACUCGACCAAUCUGCCACUCCAGAGCCCAAACCGAUAAUGAUACAAACUAGUAGCUCCUGAGGGAUCAUCAAAACACGUAUUUGCAUCUCCAUCCACACAUAUCGCACAAGGUUUCCUUUUUCAACAUGCAAAACCUCAAUUUACUUUGCCUUACUAUAAUUUACCUUUCUCUAUUUCCCUUUCACACAAGCAACUCCAUCGUGCAAGCCCUCACGUUAGCCUCAGAUAUAGCAGCCUUGAAAGCCUUCAAGGCCUCAAUCAAACCCUCUUCCAUCACCCCAUGGUCAUGCCUAGCAUCAUGGAACUUCACCACCGAUCCAUGCUCACUCCCUCGCCGCACCCACUUCAUAUGCGGCCUCACCUGCAACCCUGACUACACCCGAAUCAAUCAAAUCACACUCGACCCCGCAGGUUACUCAGCCACACUAACCCCACUCAUCUCUCAACUCACUCAACUCGUAACUCUAGACCUCGCCGACAACUCCUUCUUCGGCCCAAUCCCCUCUUCAAUUUCUUCCCUCUCCAACCUCCAAACCUUUACCCUACGAUCCAAUUCCUUUACCGGUUCAAUCCCUCCUUCCAUAACCAACCUCAAAUCUCUCCAGUCUCUCGACCUUUCACAAAAUUCCCUUUCUGGGUCUCUUCCAAACUCCUUCAAUUCCCUCACCAGCAUCCGCAGAAUCGAUCUCAGCUUCAAUAAACUAACCGGUUCAAUCCCCAAACUACCACCCAACUUGCUAGAACUCGCGAUCAAGACCAAUUCUCUAUCUGGGCCACUCCAAAAACAAGACUUCGAGGGGUUGAACCAAUUGGAAGUGGUGGAACUAAGCGAAAACGCACUCACCGGAACGGUAGAGUCUUGGUUCUUUCUCUUGCCGUCGCUGCAGCAAGUGAAUUUGGCCAACAACAGCUUCACGGGAGUUCAGAUCUCGAGACCCGCUGGAGGAGGAAGUAACCUCGUGGCACUCAACCUCGGGUUUAACAGAAUACAAGGUUAUGCGCCCGCGAAUCUCGCCGCGUAUCCGAUUUUGUCGUUUCUGUCUAUUCGUCACAACUCGCUACGUGGCACGAUCCCACUGGAGUACGGCAAGAUCAAGUCCAUGAAGAGGUUGUUCUUAGACGGUAACUACCUCGUCGGGAAGCCGCCGUCAGAGUUAUUCGCCGCCGGCACGACGGUUUCCGGUAGCUUGGGGGACAACUGUUUACAAGGUUGUCCAAUGUCUUCACAGCUGUGCACGCCUGCACAAAAACCCACCUCUGUUUGCAAACAAGCCUACCGUGGAAGACCGAAACCGUAGUUUGUCGGUUAAAAAAAACAACUAAAUUAUUUUGAAGGUUGUUCUUAGAGAACUCCAUUAAUCUCCGAAUAAAAGAUGUAUUUGUAAAAUAUACAAUGGUAAUUAUAUUUAUAUAUUCUUAUGCUAUGA